AUGCGCUUUGGGCACCCUUGGCCGCCCGCCCUCUGCGCGCAGGCCCAGCGACGCCGGUUUGUGAGGCGCGCAAGCGCAUCUGUGUUUGGCAUCGUUGCUUGGUUACAUUAUGCUGCGCUCAAAGAUUCCAGACCUCGGAAUUUCGCUACUUGUUGGGCUCUAGAGGCGGUGAAAAGCCGAGGGGAAGGGGAAGUGUUUGUGAAGCCUCCAGGCUUUGCGGUGAAGAAGUUUUUUAGCUUCGGGAGUAAGAAGGGCGGGUCGUCCUUUCGCGUUACCAGCUCGCUGAGGGACGGCCCGGGCAUCCUGCGUGAGAGGAGAAUUGGAACCAGCAGCUUCGGGUGGGGGUACAACAUCCGAGACAAAGAUCUCAGAAAGAUCCACAAAGUUGCCAGCAUGGGCAACGUAAGGAAACUGCAGGAGAUUCUACUUUCCGGGAAACACGGCGUGGACGAAAGAGACCAGAUGAACAGGACUGCUCUUCAUUUGGCCUGUGCCACUGGCCAUCCAGAUGUCGUUGCUGUCCUAGUGGAGAGGAAAUGCCAGCUUGACCUCUUUGAUACAGAUUAUAGGACUGCUCUGAUGAAGGCUGUACAAUGUCAGGAUGAGAGAUGUGUGACUAUUCUUCUAGAACACGGUGCUGAUCCAAAUCUUACGGACAUUGCUGGCAAUACUGCUCUCCACUAUGCCGCCCUUGGUUCGAAUACAUCAAUAGCAGAGAAGCUGCUUCUACACCAUGCAAAUAUUGAAGUGAGAAACAAGGAUGAACUCACACCAUUUUUACUUGCUGUAAGUGAGAACAAACAGCAAAUGGUGGAAUUUUUAAUAGAAAAAGAAGCAAAUGUACAUGCAGUUGAUAAGUUGCAAAGCAGUCGCCAACUAAUUGCCGAAUAUAGAGAAGAAAAACUUAACAAUGAUUUGCAAAGUAAGAAUGCAGUGGCAGAUAAGAGUGCUGAAGAAGAGUCUUUAAGCAGUAUUUCUGUUAAACCUGGUACUGAUGAUUCAUGGCCUACAUCAGAUGAUGAAGACUUUAAUUUUGAUAUCAAGACUGUCCCAAAACCAAACUUGAGAGCGCUAAUGAAUGCUUCUGAGCAAUUCAAGAAUGUGGGAACAAAAUGUGGCCUUAUAACACUAGGAGGUAGAACUUUAUCUGAGCACGAUAAUUCUGAUUAUGAAGAUGAAAAUAUAGUUGGACUUCUUUACAAACCACCAUUCAAAGCCAAUGACUUUUCUUGUCCUGCUUUUUCAAAACCUGUCAAAUCGUUAGCAGGCCAUGGUGUUAUAAAGGAAGGAGAGGUGCAGCCGGCAACUGGAAAAAAAGACAAUGGUAUUAAUAUUACUGAAAGUGCUCCACAAGAGCAAACAGUUAAUGACCAUCUGACUUCUGCUGAUAGAGCAUACAAAAGUAAUAGUAGUGUUACGAUGUCAGCAUUGGGAUUAGGAGAAGAGGAAGAUGGAGAAUCACCUUGGGAUUCUGAGAGUAUUUCUGAGAAUCCUCCAAAGAAAGACAUUAAACAUUUAUUUAGAGCUGCGGAUCAGAAAGGACCACGUAUAUUAAAUGAACAAGUAGAAGAUUCUCCGAAAAGAUAUCCUUACGUGAAGCCUCCCGUUGAAGUGAAAGAUUCUGUUCCUAAUAAAACAGUAGAAGUGAAGGAAAAACAAGCAUCCAACUCAGAUUGGCCAGCAGAACUAGACUUAGAAAGGACAUCAGAGGAAGAGCAAAAAGACUUGAUGAAAGUUAAAAUAACCACCGAUAAAGGUAUUUCACAAACAUGUAUCCUGGCAGAAAAGACAUGUGAAAAUCAAACCCAGCAAAUUAACGUUCCACUUUUGCAUCUGCAAAAAAAGUCUCGAGAACCAGAAAUGAAUAAGAAAUGUGAUAGAAAGGAUAAUAUAUCUGUAUAUUCAGAACAUUCUUCUGUGCAAAAGCGUGAGGAAAUCUCGAUCAAACAAGGCAAAUUAGUGUGGAAAAAUAAUCUAAAACACAUCACCAGUGAGUUAAAGCGGACGUUUGGUGCAACUUGUGAAAAACACAAAAUUGCUCCUUAUCCUAAGGAAGAGUCACUACGUGGUAACUUUAAAGAAGGAGCAAACUUAAUGGAAAUACCUUCUAACUUGACAAAUGAUAGACUUGAUUGUGAGAAAAAGGACAUAUUUGUAGUGCCUGUCCCUCUAAACUGUGAAAAUGAUAACAAACCAGACACUGAGCAUGUUUUUAACAAAAAUAAGAGUUUUAAAAGUGAUACAGAAACUAAAAAAGUAAGGAACCCACUCGCUACGUUUGAAGUGAAAGAAGACCAAGAGUUUGACGUGCAAAUGGCAAAAAAUAUGAACGAAAAUAGCACUAAUUCUAAAUUAGACAUUGGACGUAUACCUCAGUCUAGUGAUUCAGAAUGCCGUUUCGACAAAAGUUACAGAACAUCAGAAGUAUGUCUAAAAGAAGAAUUACAGCAAGAUGUUCAAAAGUUUAAGAACGAGAUAGGCAUGUUACAGAUAGACAUCCUGGAUGAGGAAAAAAAAAGUUCAACUUCAAAAAGAGAUUCUACUACUUUACUAAAAAUCUAGGAUGCGAUUCUUUCAUAUCAAAAAUUAGAACUUAAAAAUCAGUGUAAACAACUUAAAAGAAAAAAUAAAGAAAUGCAAAAUAAAGUUAAUGGACUACAAAAGGAGCUAUCAGAAACAAAAGAAUUGAAAUUGCAGUUGGAGCAUCAAAAAGUGAAAUGGGAACAAGAACUCGGCAGUUUGAGAUUUACCUUCACACAAGAAGAAGAAAAAAGAAGAAAUGCUGAUAAAUUAUAUGAAAAAAUGAGGGAGCAAUUCAGAGAAAAAGAAGAGCCGUAUAAUAAAGAAGUUGAAAUGAAACAACAACUUGAACUUCGUCUUGCAACAGUAGGUGCGGAAUUGAGGACUGUGAGAAAUAAUUUGGAUCAGGUUGUAGAAGAGCGAAAUGACGCUAAGUUACAACUUUCUCGAGAACAGAAUGCCAGAGUACAAGAUGGAAUUCUAAAGAAUCACCUUUGCAAACAAAAGGAGAUAGAAGUGGGUAAUAACAGAAUGAAUUCUGGGAUGUCUAAUAGUCAUAAAGAAGAAAAAGAUCUGUUGCCUAAAACCCACAUGUGGCAGGAUGAAAUUACCAUGCUAAGACUAGAAAUAGACACAAUAAACAAUAAGAACCAGGGAAUGGAAAGUAAAUAUUGUGAAGACAUUGAAAUUAUAAAAGAAAAGAAUGUCAGUCUUCUAAAGACCAUAAAACUGAAUGAGGAAACAUUAACAAAAACAAUAUUAGAAUAUAGUGGACAGAUUAAUGCCCUGACCACUGAGAAUACAAUGCUAAAGUCUAAACUGGAGAAUGAAAAGCAAAACAAAGAAAGACUGGACACACAAGUUGGAUCAUAUCGAGCUAGACUAGCUACUGCUCUAGAGGAUUAUGAUCAAAGUCAGGCAUCAAAAAGAGACCUAGAACUUGCUUUCCAGAGAACAAAAGAUGAAUGGUUUCGUCUGCAGGACAAACUGAAUUUUGAUGUGUCUAACCUAAAAGAAAACAAUGAGCUUCUUUCUCAAAACCUUUCUAAAGCUGAAAGUAAAUUCAAUAGUUUAGAAAUUGAGCUCCAUCACACAAGAGAUGCUCUCAGGGAAAAGACUUUGGUUCUAGAAUGUGUACAGAGAGACCUAAGUCAAACACAGUGUCAGAAAAAGGAAAUGGAACACAUGUAUCAAAAUGAACAAGAUCAAGUGAAUAAAUACAUUGGAAAGCAGGAAUCCUUAGUGGAGAGAUUAUCUCAACUACAAAGUGAAAAUAUGCUGCUUCAUCAGCAACUAGAUGAUGCUCACAACAAAGCUGCCAGUAAAGAAAAUGUACUAAUUAAUAUCCAAGACCAGUUUCAGGGUAUCAUAGAAAAACUUCAAGCUGAAAGUGAAAAACACAGUCUUUUGCUGGAAGCAAGCAAUAGAGAGCUAAUCAAUUAAUGUAAUCUUUUAAAAGGAAGAAUGUAUCAGUAUGAAAAGGAGAAAGUAGAAAGAGAAGUAGCUGUGAGACACCUUCAACUAGAACUGGCUGAUGCCCUAAAAAAACAGUCUAUGUCAGAGGCUUCGCUGGAGGUUACAUCACAUUGCCGUAUUAAUUUAGAAGAUGAGACACAGGAUUUGAGGAAGAAAUUAGGUCAAAUCAGAAGUCAGUUGCAAGAAGCACAAGAUCGACAUGCAGAGACUGUAAGAUGUAUUGAGACGUCGAAAGAUCAUGUGCAAAAGCUUGAAGUUGAAAAUGCCAAGUUAAAAGUUACAGUCAAAAAACAAGCGCGCAAAAUUGAACAACUUCAGGAAAACCUGUUAAGUACAAGUUUGAUGCAGCAGGAGAUGGAAAGGAAUAUAACUAGAGAACUAGAAGAAGAUGCUGCUGAAUUUGAAUUAGACUCAUGGCAUAUGACCUCCUCUUUAGAAUGUACUUAUGAAUCACAUGUAAAUGACGAUCUACUGGUGAAAUUGUCAAAAGAAUUUUUACAGACUUUGAAGAAAAAUUAUAUGUUCUGAAAGACAAACAGUAAAAUUUAUUUACUGGAUGUUUGUAUAACAUUUUAAUUGUGUCCUACUAAACGUAUUGUGUGAAAAUCUUGAAUAAAGGAAAAUACUUCUGGAUCAUGUGUGUAAUGAAAGUUUAUAUAAUAUCUUAAGCUAUGUUUCCUGGCACCUAAUUAACUUUUAAGCAGGUUUUAUACGUGGAGACCAGCACUAUUGGGUUUUACAUGCUUCAAGCUGCCCAAAUACCAGCUUUUUAAACAGCACCCAACCAACCAAAUUGUCAUUAGUACUUCAGGGGUGUUAACUGAUAGCGUUUUUGUAUUUUCAGUUUUUAUUACUAUAUAUGGACCUAGAGAUUUACACAGACAUCCUUUUGAUAUAUUGCUGCUAAGGCUAUUGUCAAUGUUUCUAUGUAUUACAAUUUUUAUACUGCCAUAAAACCUAUGUAUAAUUUUAAUUUUAAGUACUGAUUCAUAGCUCUUUCCUCAUGGUGAAAUAAGAUUUGCCUAAGGCUUUUCACUUUUUCUGUUUAUUUUUUAUUU